UAGUUUUGUUUAUGCCGUUCGUUUGUUGCCGUCAUUUCGCAAGCGAGAGCCUAGUGUUCAGUUCAGCACGUAUAAAGCAAAAAAAAGCAACCGAAUAAGAAAAUUAAAUACACAUCAAACGAAACAUAGGCCCCCUGCCGCGCAUAUACUAGAACAAUUCGAUUUUCGAAUCCGAAACCGAAACCGAAACCCCUUUUGCCAUUCCCUUAGCCCGAGUAACAGUAGUAACGGUUAACAUGCAAUAACAAUUCGUUAACGUCGGCUAUCUUUUUAUCGUGUGUGUAAACGAAAAGUGUCAAGUAAAACUGCAAAAAUACAGCAACAAAAAAUCGCCACCGCCGGCAUCGCGGCAAACGGUCCUAGGGAGUAUAUUCUCUGUGUAUUCUGUGGGGCCAGCAGAAAGAUCUCUGGGAGUGAGCAUGUUGUGAAAUUAUAAGAAUGGCAGCGCCACAAGCAACGCGCAGCUGAUGCCAAGAUGCUGACUGCUGACUUCGUGUUACCGCCCACUUACUACUGUCAAUGACAACCCGCCGCGCAUCAAUAAUAAUAAUAAGCAUCGCUAGCAACAUUCGCUCGAUGCAACCGUCGAGGCAAGAGUCGACAAGAAACACCUAAGCAGAAACACAAACACAAGAAAGGGGGAAAAAUAAAGUAUAAUAAAGAAUAAAAACGAAAUAAAUUCAAAUUAAAUUCGACGUAGAUUCGUGUAAAUAGAGAGUGAGACAACAAUCGAAAGCCAAAGGACAAUCGCUAUGGCCCAAUGAAAGAUCCUCAAGUUGCCGCCGCCGCCGCUGCCACGUUUUAUCUCAUCAUCUCAUCCUUUUUGGCCAACUUCCAAGUCGAUAAGGUGACGACGAUUCAAUUAAUCGCCUCAAGGUCAGCGAAUCUAUACCCACCACACCACCAAUUGUUCCACAUGUUCGUGGGAGGAAAGGUGAAGAAGGAGACCAGAGGAACAGGGAUCAAUAGUGGAAUCAUCCUGGAGCUUCUCGAUAAAUCAAACCAACCGCAAGGUCAUUAUGGAUUGUGAUUACUCCAAAUUUCUAUACAAAAUUGGACCCGGCACCAUACCAUCACCGUGGACACCAGUAAAUGCCGGUCCUCCAGGUGCCCUUGGAUCGGCAGACACAAAUGGCAGCAUGGUGGAUAGUAAAAACCUGGAUGUUGGUGAUAUGAGCGAUGAUGAAAAGGACCUAUCAUCUGCUGAUGCCGAAGGUGUCUGGAGUCCGGAUAUCGAACAGAGCUUUCAAGAGGCUUUAUCUAUAUAUCCACCAUGUGGACGUAGAAAAAUCAUUUUAUCCGAUGAGGGUAAAAUGUAUGGUCGCAAUGAGCUGAUCGCAAGAUAUAUCAAACUGCGAACGGGCAAGACGAGAACCAGGAAACAAGUCAGCUCUCACAUCCAAGUGCUGGCCCGACGGAAACUGCGCGAAAUCCAGGCGAAAAUCAAAGUUCAAUUCUGGCAGCCUGGACUGCAGCCGAGCACGUCACAAGAUUUCUAUGAUUACAGCAUCAAGCCCUUCGCACAGCCACCCUAUCCCGCUGGCAAGCCAUCGACGGCGGUGUCCGGGGAUGAAACUGGAAUUCCGCCAGCUCAAUUGCCUUGGGAGGGACGAGCCAUUGCCACGCACAAGUUCCGAUUGCUGGAGUUUACGGCGUUCAUGGAAAUCCAAAGAGAUGAUAUGUAUAACCGCCACCUUUUUGUACAACUAGGCGGCAAGCCAUCCUUCUCCGAUCCGCUACUAGAGACUGUUGAUAUCCGGCAAAUAUUCGACAAGUUUCCCGAAAAGUCCGGCGGGCUCAAAGAUCUCUACGAAAAGGGGCCACAAAAUGCUUUCUAUCUCGUUAAAUGCUGGGCAGAUCUUAACACAGACAUAACAACUGGAAGCGAAACGGGCGAUUUCUAUGGCGUAACUAGCCAAUAUGAGAGCAACGAGAACGUGGUACUUGUAUGCUCAACGAUCGUUUGCUCCUUCGGAAAGCAGGUGGUGGAGAAGGUGGAGAGCGAGUAUUCGCGGUUAGAGAAUAAUCGUUAUGUAUAUCGCAUUCAACGCUCACCCAUGUGCGAGUAUAUGAUUAACUUUAUACAGAAACUGAAAAACUUACCUGAACGCUACAUGAUGAACAGUGUGCUGGAGAACUUUACAAUAUUGCAAGUAAUGCGAGCGCGUGAGACGCAGGAGACACUGCUUUGCAUCGCCUACGUUUUUGAGGUGGCGGCUCAAAACAGCGGCACCACCCACCACAUCUAUCGCCUCAUCAAGGAAUAG